GUAUCUGCUCAAUAGGCUCGAUGCAGUGGAUCUUAAUCGUUCUGAAACAGUGGUUGUUCGAUUCAGUCAUGUGCCAUCGCUCAUACUAAACACACCUGUGAACGCGAACGCUCGUUUCAAAAGUCAGUGUUAAACGCGAAAUAGCAUGAGUUUUACAUUAUCAACAAACCGAAAAUUUGUUGGACUGUCAAUAAACAAAUUAGUUCAUUAGAAACAAAUAUUCGAUUUUAUUAACGUUAAUUUCCAAGCGAUUUGUUUUUCGAAAAACAAAACGAAAACUCAUCUUUAAUCAAUUGUGUUUACAUCGGAACGCAUUCGUUGUCAUCACAGAAAAAAAUGUGUAGAAAAAUGGGAAAAAUUUCCGGUUUUGCUGAGAUUCUUAUCACAUUGUUUCUCAUUGAGCAAAUUUUGGCGACAAAUAAAUAUUAUGGCCUCUAUGAAAGAUAUCCAAUAAUGGUGCGUAAAUAUCAUGGUCCACACUCGAAGACGGGUCUGAAACGAAGUACACAAUACGGUGAAGUGUUUCACAUUACGAAAUACAAUCAAUCCCAUGAAUUUCUCAAUGUCGAUCAAGCAAAGUUCAAAAUGCAUCAUUCAAAUGAUCCGAAUAAGCAUCGUCGACCGUGUGUGCGAUGCCCAGGUGAAAUAACGGCGAUAGCACGAAAAGGAUUGGAUGGCAUUUUGGUGGAACCUCCAGCACCGUUAUCUUGCAAAACUAACCUCCCAUUUGCGCGCAAUUUGUAUAGCAUCGAAACGUUAUUCGGAUCCGAUCUAUCGUUUGUGCUUCCAAAGGGGCGACACAGUCUUACCGCGAAGGUACGAAAUGUUGAGUCGGGUCUAAUCGUUCGAAGCUGCCAUCUGAAAUACCAUGUGAUUGUUCGGCGCUGCAAGGGAUUUCCAUCACUGAAGAAGAAAAAUAUCAAAAUGUCUUGUACGGCUGGAACCAUUUGGGGUUCGCAAUGUGCCUUCGAGUGUAGAAAGGAGGGUGAAAGUCUUAGCCACCGCGACUCUAUCGUUUGCAAUGAAGAUUUGGAAUGGAUCGGCGAAGUACCGCAUUGUGUUUCGGAUAUUGAAAACACACUGGGUUAUGUUCGAGACGAGGAAUUCUGUUCCCAGCCUCCCCCACCAGCCAACGGCCGUUUCGUUUGCGAAGCAAAAAACCCGGAUUUUCCGGACACAUUACCGAAAUUGGAACAGAAUAUCAUCGAAAGUUUAAAAAUGCUAGCGCCAGAAAGUGUAUGUCACGUUCAAUGCGAUCAAUCACACUCGAUCCCAUACCAUUUAUCAAUGUUUUCAACGAUUCAAUGCAUAAAUGGAGCAUGGAACACAACCGAUAUUGAAUUUUGCUAUAAGAAACAGCCGCAACGUCGCCGACGUCACCGAUAUUCACAUGCACGUAAUCAAACAAACCCGUCACAUCAAUCAGUUCAAACCCAUUUAGAUAAGACGUAUUGAAAGCAAAAAAAAACAAACAAACAAAAAAAAAUCACCAUUCACCAAAGCAACCAGUUCAUUGGCUCAACCAAAGCAUCAUCAGUGCAAUACAGUUUAAGUGAUAGACGUUUGAUAUUUUAAAGAAAAUCAUUAUUAUUAUUAUUUUGUAAAUUAUUUGUGUUCAGCAAAACGUAUAAAUUUAUCACAUGCAAUGUGUGUUUCACGUUACUUUGUUUUCUGUUUCUUUAAUUCAAUGAGCUUGUUAUUUUCAUGAGCGAUGUUUUUCAAAUUGAAACUUUCAAUGAGCAUUAAUUGAUUGAUUGAUUUUUCGACAUUAAUGAAGUCAAUCGAAAUGUCGCUCGUGCCGACAACACGGUUGACAAAAACAAACCUGUUUAUGGAAGUGCGUUUGAAAAACGUCCGUUUUAUUACUUGUUUAUCACCGUUUUAGAUCAUGUGUAUGGCGUUUUAAUUGCGGAAAAAGGCUAUAGAUUAGCAUAAUUCAAGCAGAAAAUCAUGAAAAGUUGCAUUCGAAGAGGAAUUUCGCACUGACAGACAGUUUUUUUUUUACUGCGAGCACAGAGAGACUGAAUUACUUUGUUUUCAGUUAAGUCAAGAGCAGAUGUAAAGAAUUGCAGUUUGAAUGCACAUAUCAGACGCCAUUUAUAGUGAUGAUUACGAUUUAUGAUUUUUUUAAAUGGGCAAAGACCACAGAAGCGAUAGAAGUGGAUCUUUUCCGGAUAAAGACGGUCUUGUUCCGUAAUUCAUUUUGGAAGAAAUUUCAGUUCCUUAUUUCUAUUGGUCGAAAUUGAUGCCAGAGAUACACGAUGCAAUCCCAUGUGCAAAUAAUGCCUAACAGACUGUUACUGUUAAUGACUAAUAGUCACUCAGUUGUAUAUAGCGGUACACGACUCACACUGGCCAAUUUUACACGGAAUAAGAUCCAUGAUCGCACCGCGUGUCAACUGAAAGAUUGCAGAGAGAAAUAGUACUCUUAGUAGAUCCAUUGACUUUUCCGUUUAUUUACUUCUACACAGCCGCGUUUCUUCUACGACGAAUUUGUGCUUCACUGCGAAGUUAAUCACAUUUAUUGUUCAAAUAUUGUUCUCCUUGGUUGAAUCAGAAUAAAAAGAUUUCGAUUUCUUUGUUCUUUUUUAAAUGAAAAGUUUUUGGACCAUAUAUUGACACAUAACUAUAUAUUUUUCUGCUUCACAUGAAAUUAAUAUUUCGUUUUCAUUCAUAUCGCAGGACACGAUUUGAAUCGACGGCAAAUGCCUUGAAAUAUAUGGAAGUAUAAUCAUUUUUCACAGCAAUCCCUCAGAAAUCAAAUUUAUGGUAUGCAACGGUUCCCUUCUUUAUCUUCAGCGAAAAUGCGCCACAUGUCCCAUUCAUUCAUUUUAUUCAAUCCGGUAUUCGGGUCAAUAGAGCGAUAGCGGCUCAUUAGCGGUAAUCGCCCGAAAAAUUGUUGUUUACAUUUAGAUAAAUUAGCAAUAGAAAAUGAUUGUACCC